ACCAGUAUGCCAAGUGGCAGAAGGUUUUUUCAGUGCCACAAACAUUUUUCUUCUCCCAGUAAUACUUCGGUGAUUCUCUUUGGCUAUAGUUCUUGCAGAAGAGAGCUCUACCAUAGGUUUUUAUACCACUCGACUUCUCCCCCAAGAUGCUCAGCUAGGAGUGUGCCAUAAGAUCUUGUAUCUCUAGUACUGUGUUUACAGUUUUUGACUGCAGAGCGGAAGCCGAGAGUUUGGUUAAUCUCACGCAAUGCUUGUUGUCUCACCCUCACGCAAUGU